CCCUCGGGGGGCAUCAUGCUGGGCAUAGUGAAGAUAGGAGCUGGGACUGGCUCUAGCGGUUGCAUUGGGCUGGGUGUAACAGGCGUAGGAGCUGUGGCUGGCUCUGGAGUGGGACCAGUGACCCAGGGCCUGGUUUGCAAUGUCUGCAAGUUCAAGGUGGGCUCCCUCUGCUUCCACCGCAAGGACCCAUGCACGGUCAUGGAUGGGCAGUGUGAAGUCAUCAAGGCCUACAUUGAGAACGUAAAGCUCUUCUCCAAGUCCGGCUGCACCACGAAUGAAAGCAUGGCCCACUGCAACCGGACACAGCAGCACGACUCCAUCUUCGAUAUCAACUACAACCGCACCUGCUGCCCCCACGACCUGUGCAAUGGGGCCAGCCCCUCCUCCAGCACCCUACCCACCCGCCUCUUGCUGGCCGGCCUGGCCUCCACCCUCACCGCCACCCUGCUGCUCUAGGGGUCCCCUGGAGAGACCCCGGCAUCUGGGUGCCCAGCCACACCACGUGCAGAACCCAGGUGUCCAGGCCUACCCCACUGCCAGGGAACCCAGGAGUCCGGGCUCCCAGCCCCCUGCUGAUGAACCCAGGUGUCCAGGCUCCCAGCUACACCCCGUGGAGAACCCAGGAGUCCCGCGGUCCAGCCCCCACCACCACCCAGAGAACCCAGGAGUCCGGGGGCCUGACCGCAGUCACCUGCUGAGGAACCCAGGAGUCCGGGUGCUGGACCACACCCCCACCUGCUGGAGAACCCAGGAGUUUGGGCGCUCGGCCUCUGCCCACUUGCCAGAGAGCCCAGGAGUCCGUGUGGCAGGCCUCACCCCCAUCAGCUGGAGAACCCAGGAGUCCAGGGGCCAGCCAUGCCCAUCCUCACCUCCCAGAGAGCCCAGGAGCCUGUGGUGGGUCUCAAGGGGUUAAUAAAAGCCAGAGAAAUCUU